GCUGUAAACCGGCGCAGUCCAUCCCUUCUCUCCCUCCCUCUGAUCCGCCCACGGGCACUCGCACCCCCACAGCCGGCGGAGCAGCGGCGCUGACGGGCAUCUCCCUCCCUCCCUCCCUCCAUCCAUCCCCGUCUCUCAUUCAGUCUCCGCUCCACCGUCAACCGAGCGGUCGCCAGCUCGUCCUCGCCGCAGCCGCCGCAACCUCGCCCGGUGUGUGGUGGUGCUAAUUGUCAGCUUCAUCAUGGUGAAGGCCGGGUACAGCUUCUCCGACAAGCCACUGAAGGAGCAGGGAGUGGACGAUGGCUUUGAUAAUAUCCCCCUGAUCACUCCGCUGGAUGUCAACCAGCUACAGCAGCCCCUUCCUGAGAAGGUGGUGGUGAAGACUCGGACCGAGUAUCAGAUCCAGCAGAAGAAGAAGGGGAAGUUGCACCUGCCCGGCAUCAAGAAGCUCAACAUCAACUUCUACGCCGAGUUCUCUGACAAAGUGAAGCUGACAGGGCUGAUCCUCAUCACCAUGGCCUUCCUUGCCUGCCUCUUGAUGCUAGUCAUGUACAAGGCCUUCUGGUACGACCAGCUAAGCUGCCCUGAAGGAUUUGUAUUUAAGCACAAGCACUGCAGUCCGGCAGCACUGGAGAUGUAUUACUCACAACAGGAGACUGGACCAAGGGGAAGCCUCCACACCGUCAUUAGCCACUUAAGCCAGGCCAAGAGAACCAUCCCCAAUCUGUCCUCACCAUGGCUACCAGUGCUUCCUGCCUUGAAAGCACCAGCGAGAUCAAAGGACCAGCUGGACGCCCCUCAUCAUUAGAGGAGUCGAGAGGGAGAACACCUUAAUCUCUUCUUAUUUAUUGAAGUACUCCAGUAUUAUAUAAAUCUCCUUGCCAGGAGCCAGGCUUUCUAUUGGGGAUGUGUGUGAGUGUUUGUGUGAAUGCCUGAAUCUGUGAGUGUGUCUGUGCAAUAAUAUAGGUGUAUGCCUGCACACGCAUUGUGUGUGUGGUCAUUUGUUUCUGUCUGUGCAAUAGUGUGCAUGAGAGAGUGUUCAUCUUUGUGUGUGUGUGUGUGUGUGUGUCUGUCUGUGUGUAGUUUUGUUUACCCGAGUCUGGGGUAUCGGAGAGACACACAGAGAUGGGGAGAGACCACAAUCAAAUCAUACAAUAUAAUUAACUUGGUUAGUUUGCCCAGUUAAUGUUGGGGUCAAAGUGAAGGUUAAUGUGGCCAGUCAUGUAUAAUCCAACCCGACUGAGCAGAACUGAACUGUAAAUGCAUUUUCAUCCAAAUCAGCUUCAGGGACCAGGUUUAAGGGCCUGUGGAAUACAUUGUACAAUCCUGCAAUGUAACGAGGCCACAGUUGGUCCAUUCUAACUUCGGCCCGAAACGUUGCCUAUUUCCUUCGCUCUAUAGAUGCUGCUGCACCCGCUGAGUUUCUCCAGCAUUUUUGUGUACCUUUGGUCCAUUCUAACUCCUGCUAGCUACUACAAUGCUCGCCAGUAUUUCUGUGAUGGUGUUGUGAUUAUUUCCAUUGUUGCACCAGACUCCAGUUCCCAAAUGCGAUUGGCUUCUUCCUUCUCCCCAACCCAACAGCAGAGUUCUUGUUCUCUCUUCAGAGUCCCGCAGUUAGAGCAGGAAGGGGUGCCUGAAUUAAAGGGCAUGAUCAUCAGGGUUACAGCUGAGGAAUGAUGAGGUGAUUCACAGAUGCAGCCUCACAUUAACAGGCAAACAUGUAGAUUUCUUGCAGCUCUGCACUGGUGAUGGAACCAAAUGUUGGUCAGAGCCAUGGGUCAGUCUGGCAACAAGGAGGAUGUAACUCGCUUGGACAACGGCGUGGAUGGCAGAUGGAUGGAAUCCCCACAAAUACUGGGUGACGAGUAUGUGAACAAUGACGAUUUAAAUGCAUAAUGUUAUUUGCUUAUUUACCCCCCCCCCCUUCUAGUUUCCCACCAGCAUACUAUUGCUCUUGUACUUGUAACAUGCAUUGCUCCUGUACCUACACUGUAGCCUGGUGCCAGGAUCGCCGAGAGUCACCAUGUCCGGCAUUGCCAUGCUUAUCACCGUUAAAACUGUCUUGAUUUACAGUAAUAAUGAAAUGUGAUUUGUUCUCUGUGGUUUACGAACAAUUUUGGUCUUCAGUAAUUGUAAUUAAUGUUAUGUCCAGUUUCCUGCAGUCACAAUGUUUGAUUUACACAUCCUUGUGACCAGGUUCAUAUCAGGGUGUCAGAGCAGAGGCAAAUAGAGAGGCAAUCUCUCCACCCUGAGGGCAGUGUUUAUCUGGAUCGAUCUGCCAGAGGAAGCUAUGGAAGAACAGAAUAAUACAACUUGUAAACAACAUUUGGAUAGAUGUGUGAAUAGGAGAGGUUUAUGGGCCAAACGCAGGCAAACUAGCCCAGUAUGCCAGCAUGGUCAGCAUGGACAAUGUGGGCCGAAGGGCCUGUUUCCAUGCUGUACAACUCUGGCUAUGUUGACAAACCCACCAGUAGAUCCACAGGAGAAGGGACUGGGCAAUGGAGAGACUGAAUGGGGCAUGUUAUCUGCCAGUAGGGGAAAGUAAAGGUCAUAUUCUGUCCGGCUUGUCCAGUAUAGUGGUGAGGGAACAGCAGUAUCCAAUGCACUUGACAGUUUUUCACAGCAAAGGGUCCAUCAGUCUGAAGAAAGGUCCCAUCCCAAUACAUCAUCUAUUCCUUCACGCGAGACACCACGCCUGUCCCACUGAGUUACUCUAGCACGUUGUGUGUUUUUUGUUUUUCUCAGAGUCCUGAGCAAUAGGGCAGACAGUUCAGCCCUGCCACUGACCACUGACCACUGACCACUGACCACUGCCUUCCCAUUGCAAAAUGAGUAGAUUCUACAGAGUUGGGUAGAUGCACAAAGCUCCUUCAAGCUGCCCGGAACAGUGAUACUUGGGGUUCAGCAGCAGACUGGGCAAUGCAGGUCCCCCCCCCCACCGCCUUGUCUCUGGAGGCUGAUGAGGACACAGAACACAAAUCUGCUCCAAGCUUCCACCUUGCAUUGUAGAUUACCACAGUUGAGGAUUAGGUAUCACCUGCUCAGAUGUGUCAAGAAUGACACAAAAAAAGCUGGAGUAACUCAACCGGCCAGGCAGCACAUCGGGAAAAAGGGAAUAGGUGAUGUUUCAGAUUGAGUUGAGACCCUUCCUCAGACUUCUCCAGAGAUGUUGCUGGGAUAGUCCAGCAUUUUGUAUCCAUCUUCAGUGUAAACCUGAAUCUGAAGUUUCUUCCUGCACACAGAUGUGAGGAGUCAGUCUCACUGGACAGAUGUGUGGAUGGGAUCACACUGGGCUGAUGUGGGGGAUGGGAUCAUACUGGGCAGAUGUGCAGAUAGGAUCACUAGACAGAUGUGCUGCAGGGUGCCUGGAACAUGAUGCAGUUUGCAGCAGAUGUGUGGCGCUGGUCUGCAUGUCGGUGUGACCUGCUGUGCCACUAAUGCGAUCCCCUCUUCCUGUCACAUUCACUUGUGAGAAGCAGCACAGGAGCUGACAGGUUUUUAAUUAAGUUGCUGCAGGUCGCCUUUGUUUGUCUAAAAAUCUAAUGAGACGUUGCUUCUAAUAAGUGUAGUGAAUGUUGUAAUGCUGUUGUGAUGUCUCAGUCAGCAAUCGUCUUAGCACCAGUCAAUGUUCACGGUGUGACUCUGUUAAGUUAGCUUGUAUGUAUUUAUAGAUCUUGUGAGUUGGGCAUUGCAGCCUGACUUUGGAGUGUUUUAAGUGCCAAAUGGAGAUUAUGAUUACCUGCUUUGAAACCUAUAAAAUAAAUGGACUGAUUUCUCUUCAGA